UCCCCUCCCCCCCCAAAGACGGCCCGUGCCAUUGGGACAAUCCAUGGGAGGACCGCCUGGCGCAUUCAGACGGAGAGUGGUGGACGAAAUCCGUUCCGAUAGGCACAGCUGCGCCCGACGCUUUCUGAGCUCGGACGAUCUCUGUGGUUCGGUAACCGAAUCGGCGCAAUUUUGGGACUGGAGAAGCGAACGGGUCGUGCUGCCGCGGGCGCGAUGUUCCCCGUGCGUGCUGCUGACGUGCGCCAUUCCGGCUGAAGCGGCGGCGGUGUUGUUAUCGAGACCGGCGAAAACUUGGGGCGUCAGUGAAAGCGGACCGGUUAGAGCAGAGCUCGCGGACAAUGAAGACGUUAUUCUCCAACUGAAAGACGUUCCAAAUUACUGUGUUUUUAUUUUUAAAAAAUAAAUCUAUAAGGUCUAGAUAUCUCGGAAGAUUAUAUUUUAAAAAAUACAAUAAAACCUACUCGAGGCCGGUAAGAGUUUACGGGAGUGCAGUGGGUUAAUUUGCCCUCCUUAUUCCCAAACACCAAGUCUGGCAGAGCCUCCUUCCUUGUUGGACUGGAUACAUACAGCAAUAGAAAAUUCUCCUGGACUUUGCUUGCCCCUCACUGGCCUUUACUUUAGCCAAAUGUAAACUGGAAUAAAGGUUCCUCAUUCUUUAAUUUUAAUUCAGCAUGCCAUUGGUGAAAAGGAACAUAGAGCCCAGAUAUUUGUGUCAUACCGUACUGCCAGGAAGUAUCCGAAAUGAACUGGAAUGCGUGACGAACAUUUCUUUGGCAAAUGUAAUCCGGCAGCUGAGUAGCCUAAGUAAAUAUGCAGAAGAUAUAUUUGGGGAGCUGUUCAAUGAAGCUCAUAGUUUCUCCUUCAGGGUUAACUCUCUCCAGGAACGUGUUGACCGUCUUUCUGUUAGCGUGACACAAUUGGAUCCAAAAGAGGAGGAGCUUUCUCUUCAAGAUAUUACUAUGAGGAAAGCCUUUCGAAGCUCCACUGUUCAAGAUCAGCAACUAUUUGAUCGCAAGUCAUUGCCCAUUCCAUUGCUGGAAACUUACAGCAUGUGUGAGAAACCCCCUCCUUUGAACAUCCUUUCUGCGUACAGAGAUGAUGGUAAAGAUGGCUUAAAGUUCUACACAAAUCCAUCAUAUUUCUUCGAUCUGUGGAAAGAGAAAAUGCUCCAGGACACUGAAGAUAAGAGGAAGGAACGGAAGCAAAAGCAGAAACCAAUAGAUCGUAAUCGAGAACCAGACAAAAUGCCUAGAGCACCUCAGGAUAGACGAAAAGUAUGGGAGAAACAGGCACCAGGUCUAGAGCUUGCAGUUGAUGGAGAUUUUCCACAGAAACACAGAGAUAAUAUCAAUGGGCCACCAGUGUAUCCUGAACCAAGGAUGGAACCCUGUGUUGAUCACCUGGAUGACCAUCUUGACCACCUUGUGCAGUCCACAGUACCUUUUAGACACAUUAGUGAACAUCCUGGUGGAACAAGUGACAAAUUGUUUGUUUCAAGACCACAUGAACCACCUCCACCUCCACCAGUACAAACAACAGUUGACAUGAAGGCUGUGCCACCUGCCUUUGGUUCGAACUCUGAUGUAAUGGAUCAUCGACUUAGAUCACCGGCAACAAGCAAGGCAACAGUUUUUGUGAGUCCAGCUAUUCCACCUCCCCCUCCCCCACUGCCACCACCACCACCACCUCUUCCUGCUACUGUGUCAGGAGUUUCAGUCAAAGCCACCUCAACACCUCCAAUUGCUCCUCCACUGCCACAGCCAAUGGUAUCUGUUCCACCAGCUACACCUCUUCAGAUUGCCCCUGGAGUACUUCAUCCAGCUGCUCCUCCUGUGGCCCCUCCAUUAAUCAAACCUUCCCUUCCAGUUUCUGUCACAGCACCUGGGGUUGAUAUGAUGACAACCUUUCCAGUUCAGACAAAUGAAGGACAGGGACUUCCUCCGCCACCACCACCACCACCUCCACCACCACCACCUCCCCCAUCUGGACCACGAUCCUUUUCUCCACUUCUUGGAGGACCUGUCCCACCACCACCUGGACCGCCUCCUCCACCAACCUUUGGUUCUAGACCUCCUGUUCCUUCAGUCCCACCAUCAUCUCCUUCUCAAGCACAUCCAGGACCUGAAGCCAAACGGCAUCCAUCUUCUCUGCCAGUGAUCAGUGAUGCUCGAAGUGUUUUGCUUGAAGCAAUACGCAAGGGCAUUCAACUUCGCAAGGUUGAAGAGCAACGUGAACAGGAGGCAAAGCAUGAACAAGUUGGAAAUGAUGUGGCAACCAUUCUCUCUCGACGUAUUGCAGUGGAGUACAGUGACUCUGAGGAUGAUUCUGAAUUUGAUGAGGUGGACUGGCUGGAAUAGUGCAACAGAUUAACUUGUGCACUGUGGAGUUUGCUUUGACAUUCAUUGGGGCACUCCAUAGGAAUGCAUCCACAUUUCAUAGUUGGGGGGAGGGGGGAUUGUUUUUGUAUUUGUAAGACUACAGCAUUAACUGGUACACUUGAUAGUUUGCUGAGAUGGAGAGUCAUUUCUGGUUCAUUUCACCUUGCAUCGUUUUUUUAAAAUUCAAGCUAGGUGUUCUUGUGUUGGUCACAGUUCUGUGGAGAGAUUUGUUUUGUAUGUUUAUAGAACAAAAACAAACCACUAAGUAUUAAAAAUGGGUCACUGUACUAUUCUACAGAUCCCAUUUUCAGAAUCUUGUGCUUUAUCUGAGUGCACUGGACUUUGAGAGAAAAUAUUUGUACCCAAAGUUGAAGAGCAGCUCUGAUUUAUACAGUAAAGCACAUUAGAAAUGCUAUUUGUAAGCUAGGUCUUGCACUAUAGUUGUUUCAGAUGUGAAGAGACAACACACCCUUGUAGAAAACAUUGCCUAAAUUAGAACUGUUUAUCAACCAUAUGCACUAAUAUUCCAUCAUGAGUAAAUGGACUGCCUGUAAUAAAUAGAAGUCAUUGAUACAUUGUGGUGACUUGCCUUACUCCAAUAUUAAUAUUUUAAAUAAGACUUCUUUUUGGUUGAAUGUACUAUUUUGCCUGCACAUUGUGUUCAUCUGUGAAAACUACUGAU